AAAAUAAUGGUCUUGAUGUUUUAAAAGGCCUUGCGGAUUUAGUUGAUCCCACAAUCGGAACUGAAAAUGGUGGUCAUGUUUUUAAUGGUCCCUGUCAUCCUUACGGACUUGUCAAAGUAGGAUUCGACACAAAUUAUAAGGAUGAUUUCCAUGCUGG